UUCCGUUUCCGGUAUAUUAGAUCUCAUCCCACGAAGUUUGUGUUCGGCAAGUACGCUCAUAGACCGGUAUUGGAAAAGGUUCAAGUUAACAUGGGCGAACCAUCAGAGGAAUAUGAAAUUCUGGACCUGUCUGAAUACCGAAACAAAGAUUGGGUGCAAAAGAUGUUCGGUGACAUCACUAAACAGUCGGCAGCGAAGCAAGUAGUUGUUGGAGCAGCAGGAGGAUGGUUUGCGGGGUUCCUGUUUAUCAAAGUUGGAAAAAUGGCAGCUGCAUCACUCGGGACAACCAUUCUGCUUGUACAGCUUGCUCAACAUCAAGGCUAUAUCCGUGUCAACUGGAACAAAGUUGAACAAGGUGUGAAUCGUGCCAAGAAAGAACUACAUAAAGAAGCCAACAAGCGGUAUCCUGGGAUUUUACAAAAUGCAAAGACAUUUUUGCAGCAGAAUGUCUUGCUUGCUGGGUCCUUUGCUGGUGGCUUUCUGUUUGGCGUAGCUUUCUGAGUGACCUUGUAACUCUGUCCUUGCAUGAUGUGAUGUGUGAUACAGAUGACAGUGUGUGAUAUUAACAGUGUGGUGCCUCAGUCUGAUGGCCAUGGGAAUCAUUUCCACAAAAACAUUUGGCGUUCGAGAUGGAAUCCAAAGUUUUCUAUCCUUGUCUCUCCAGAUAAACACAGCCUGGAGUUCUAGUCAUCAGACAAGAUGUCUGUAGGCUUCUGACCAAACUAUCAGACUGUAUAUAUUUUUACUGUGUUUCCCAUCUUCAAGAAAAGAAACAAAACAAAUGGCCCUAAAAGGCUUCCGUAUGUAUAGACAAGUCUUUCAAUAUUUUGUGCAUAUAAUUUAAACCUAAAACUACCCAUCAUAAAAUGUUUUAUUGUGUACCUUGAAAAUAGGUUCUUAACUUUACCAUGUGUUUACUAAUUUACUUAAACAUACUAGAUAUGAUUUUGUCCAGUCAUAUGAUUUUCACAGCUAUUUUGUCCUUUACAUGAAAUGGAAUCUGUGCCAGAGGAUGGUCAAGGUUGGGUAUUGUACGGAAGCCUUUUAGGGCCAUGCAGGUUCUUUUUCCUCUUUUUCUUGACAUUUCAAGAUGCUAAGUUGAUUUUCAAGAUUCAUAUCAUAUUGAAAUUUUAAGAAAAAAUUAAGAAAACGAAUGGCCCUUGAAGGCAUCCAUAGUAUUCUUUAGCACCAGCGUUUUAUAUUUGCCUGUUCCAAAGUCAUUACUUUGACAACAGUAAACAAUCCUAUAUGGGCAGAAUAUGAUUGAAGCCAACAAGAUUUAAUUGUGAAUAGAUUGACCAGAUACACCCUCAAAGAAUUAUUCUUUUUGUUUCAGUAUUAGAAUGUUUCUACUUUAUGAGGGUUUUGGUUGUGUCCUUUUGUACAUACCCGGUAUAAUGUAUGCUAACAAGACUCAUGAUAUAUUGGGGGCGGUGGGGUACUAUAGUGGUUAACGCGUUCGCUCGUCACGCCAAAGACCCGGGUUCGAUUCCCCACAUGGGUACAAUGUGUGAAGCCCAUUUCUGGUGUCCCCCGCCGUGAUAUUGCUGGAAUAUUGCUAAAAGCGGCGUAAAACUAAAUUCACUCACUCACUCAUGAUAUAAUGAUAGACAUUAUGAAUGUGACAGAAUGGUUCAAUGUUGGAUGAAUGUUGAAUUGUUCUCAGAGAAAUAUACUGAAGGAAAACAAUAUGGGAUCACAUGAAAGCACUAGUGUUCCCUUAUUUUUUUCCAGGUUUCUUCACAAGCUACGCGAUACAAAGCUUGUGAAGAAACCUGGGGAAAAAUAAAGGAACACUUGUGCUUUCAAGUGAUCCCUUCUUUUUUUUCCUCAGUCUAUAUUUGGGUUCUGCUGGCCAUGUGACUAGUUUCUCUAUCAUGUUGGCUGUGUGAAAUGCUCUUGUCCAUCAGAAGUAACUUUAAUACUGUUCUCUUGGUGGUACAACUCAUCACGCUCU